AUUCAAGAUGGCGUGCGUAUUUAUUUACUUGUGAAGUAUGAUCGGCUCGAAUUCUCGGACGAUUAUCUGAACUCCAUCCGUUUUCGGCUCGAGAAGAGUAGCCUAGAGUGGUCCCGAGACAGACGACCCGAUGUUGAUACGACUUUCCGCCCUGAUGGAGUUGCGGCUCUGAAGUUGAUCAACUUUUUCACCUGUCGCCAGGUCGGAGACGUGCUCUUGAAUAUCGUUUGCGCUGUUUGACGAGUCGACGGCUUCGAAAAUGUUCCGGAAGAAAAAGCGGCCGGUGAUCUCGAUGCCCACCAACUUCGAACACAGAGUUCACACCGGGUUCGAUAGACGUGAAGGUCGUUACGUCGGCCUGCCUCCCCAGUGGGCUUCCAUAAUUCAGGUGGCGCCGGAAGACACAAACAGACCGAAGCCGAUCAUAGAUCCUUCGAACAUAACUCCCACUGAGAUUCUUGACCUCAAGAUGCAUACGAUCGUGCGUGGGACUGCGGCGACAUCGAGCACACGAAAUCUGGUGACACGGUCGAACUCUCUCCGAUCGCAUUCACCUCCAGCGAUUAAAAGUCAACUGAACGCCAUGCAUCAAGUUCCUCAAACGAUCCCGGAAGACGUGCCUCUACCUGCUUCAGUGCUGUCGCAGCAAAUGAACCAAUCAUUCAGCCACGCCGCGCCUUCGGUUCCUCACGGUCAGCUCAAUACGUCAGCGGCGUCCCUACCCCCGGGCCACAUUCUAGCCCCUCAUGCGAAGGGCCAAUUCGGAUUCAAUCCGGCAGGAAUGCGAGUGGCUCCGGCUCCCUCGAAGGCUCCCCCACCCCGGGUGUUGAUUAACGAGAACAAUAACGAGAAGCUCCCCCCUCCGCCACCGUUGCCGCAGCACAAUUCACAUCACGGCUCUCAUCCGCCGUCUCAUCUCCCGCCGCAUAAUCCCGCCGUGAAGCCGCCGCAAGCGAUGCCUGAAGUGGCCCAUCAGCAACAACAAGCACCUCAAUCUCAACCUCAUCAUCUCCAAUCUCAGCAUUCUCCACCGAAACCGCCAGUGGACCAGGAGAACAAUCACGCCAAGGGACAGCAGCCCAUGCCGGACGCCAGUCAACGUUUGUCUCACGAGCAGUUCCGAGCCGCGCUUCAGAUGGUUGUGUCGCCAGGAGAUCCGAGAUCCGAGCUCACAGAUUUUGUGAAGAUCGGGGAAGGAUCUACGGGUAUUGUGUGCAUCGCGAAGCAAUUGUCUUCCAACGAAAUAGUCGCCGUCAAACGUAUGGAUCUCCGGAAGCAACAGCGGCGGGAACUUCUCUUCAACGAGGUUGUGAUCAUGAGGGACUACAAACACGCGAAUAUAGUCGAUAUGUAUUCGUCGUAUCUCGUUGAGAACGAACUCUGGGUUGUGAUGGAAUUCCUGCAGGGCGGAGCUCUGACAGACAUUGUGACGAACUGCAAAAUGGACGAAAUCCAAAUCGCCACUGUUUGCAAACAGGUUCUGAAAGCGUUGUCGUACCUCCAUUCUCAGGGGGUGAUCCAUCGCGAUAUCAAGAGCGAUUCGAUCCUAUUGGCGCGAGACGGUCGUGUCAAAUUGAGCGACUUCGGUUUCUGCGCUCAAGUGAGCGCAGACCUGCCCAAGCGCAAAAGCUUGGUGGGAACGCCCUACUGGAUGGCCCCUGAAGUCAUUAGUCGAUUGCCCUACGGUCCCGAAGUCGAUAUCUGGUCUAUGGGCAUCAUGGUAAUUGAGAUGAUUGAUUCGGAGCCACCGUUUUUCAACGAACCCCCUCUUCAAGCCAUGCGACGUAUAAGGGAUAUGCCUCCGCCUAAAGUGAAGGCUUCCGGAAUUAGCGGUACCCGACUGGGAGGGUUUCUCGAUAAAAUGCUGAUCCGAGAUCCUUCACAGAGAGCAACAGCUUUUGAACUGUUGCAGCAUCCGUUCCUCCGUCAGGCCGGAGCGCCUAGCGUUCUACUGCCUCUCACACAACAACGGCCAAACUUGCCUCAGAAAUAGGAUUGUUACUUCAUCAAAACCUAGUUUUGGAAAAACCUGACGUAUCUUCGUACGGCCGACCGGAGGAGCGAUGCACCAAGUGCCUUUUCGAAACGGCGGACCACCACAAUCUAUACAGCGAUUUGCCUUUGGGAGCGUUCCUCUCCCCGAAGAAGGAACGGAGUGAAACUCGAUCGGUUCGUCGUACAGCAGCGAGUCCUUGUCGGGGAUCAUAGUCUUGACUUUCGGGGGAAACUUGAAUCUACAUGUAAAGUAUUUAAUAAUUUAUACAUCGAUUUCAUCUUGACGUCUAAAUUUGACAUUCGGAGUACUUAACAGAAGUCGACCGGUCACGGCUAAAGCGAGCUACAGAGCGAGCAGAUAAUGCGCUAAUUGCGUGGCCCGGCCGGAAGCCCAAAGGAUUCGACGUCGGUCGGAAGGUUGUUCUGCGAACGCCAUGGGACCUCUUCCUCGAUGGCCUCUGAAACUCGAUGAGGUUUCCCUCUUCGCCUCGAAUCAUUCCAUUUUGCGGUAUCCCUUUUCGACGAUCAUCCGUCAUUCUGCGGUCUGAGUCAGGCAUACGAAUGACGGGUGCUUUUUCCGAGUGGAUCGUUAAUUGAAUCGACGUAUUUUCGGCAGCUGUUGUAUUCCGGUUUUAUCGCCAUGAGAGAUUCUCCCGAACUCGAAUACUGCUAUUUUACCACACCGCAAAUAUUGUCUUCCGAUGAGAUCAAAGAUUUCAAUCUUAACCUACU